AUGUCUCUCAGGUUCUUAUCAAGUUUUGAUUGUGCCAGUUUCAGGUCUCUAGUGAAUCCAAAUGUGGCUAACUUCAUGAUGGAUUUGCAAGAGAAUCAUCAGGUCAGUGAUGCAGGGGAUGAGAAUAUGGUUGAUGUUGUGGUUGAAUCAUCACAUGAUAAUAACAGAGAUGUAGGAAUUGUUGUUGAUGAUCUCAGAUCAGGAGAUAUUGGUUGUAGUGGUGGUUUAGAUCUUGAGCCAAGAAAUGGCAUAGAUUUUGAAUCUCACGAGGCUGCGUAUUUGUUUUAUCAAGAAUACGCGAAAUCUAUGGGUUUUACUACCUCGAUUAAAAACAGCCGCCGCUCCAAGAAAACUAAAGAGUUCAUCGACGCUAAGUUUGCUUGUUCUAGAUAUGGUGUGACUCCUGAGACUGAGAGUAGUGGUAGUAGUAGUCGACGGUCUAGUGUGAAAAAAACAGAUUGCAAGGCAAGUAUGCAUGUUAAGAGAAGGCCAGAUGGGAAAUGGAUCAUUCAUGAGUUUGUAAAAGAUCACAAUCACGAGCUUUUACCUGCUCUUGCUUAUCAUUUCCGGAUUCAGAGGAAUGUCAAGUUAGCUGAGAAGAAUAAUAUCGACAUUUUGCACGCAGUUAGUGAACGUACCAGGAAAAUGUAUGUUGAGAUGUCGAGACAAUCUGGGGGAUAUAAGAAUAAUGGGCUUAUCGUUCAGAGCGAUGUCAACAGUCAGGUUGAUAAGGGUCGAUAUCUGGCUUUGGAAGAAGGAGAUUCUCAAAUACUGCUUGAGUACUUUAAGCGUAUCAAGAAAGAAAACCCCAAAUUCUUUUAUGCUAUAGACCUAAAUGAGGAGCAACGUUUAAGAAAUCUGUUUUGGGCUGAUGCUAAGAGCAGAGAUGAUUAUAUGAGUUUCAAUGAUGUUGUGUCCUUUGAUACCACGUAUGUCAAGUUUAACGAUAAGUUGCCAUUAGCUUUAUUUAUUGGGGUGAACCAUCACUCCCAACCUAUGUUGCUUGGCUGUGCAUUGGUUGCUGAUGAGUCCAAGGAGACAUUUGUGUGGCUGAUAAAAACUUGGCUUCGAGCAAUGGGUGGCAGAGCUCCUAAAGUUAUACUCACUGACCAAGACAAAUUCUUGAUGGACGCCAUUUCGGAGCUCCUACCAAACACUCGUCAUUGUUUUGCGUUAUGGCAUGUGUUAGAAAAGAUUCCUGAAUAUUUCUCCCAUGUGAUGAAACGGCACGAGAAUUUCUUGCAGAAAUUCAAUAAAUGCAUCUUCAGAUCGUGGACGGAUGAUCAGUUUGAUAUGAGAUGGUGGAAAAUGGUCAGCCAAUUUGGACUUGAGGAUGAUCAAUGGCUGCUAUCGUUGCAUGAACAUCGCCAAAAGUGGGUGCCGACUUUUAUGAGCGAUGUUUUUCUGGCGGGAAUGUCGACUUCUCAGCGUUCAGAGAGUGUGAACUCUUUCUUCGAUAAGUACGUCCAUAAGAAAAUCACGCUGAAAGAAUUUUUGAGGCAGUACGGUGCUAUUCUGCAGAACAGAUACGAAGAGGAAUCUGUUGCAGAUUUCGAUACUUGCCACAAGCAACCUGCACUGAAGUCUCCCUCACCCUGGGAGAAGCAAAUGGCAACCACUUACACCCACACGAUAUUUAAGAAAUUUCAAGUCGAGGUUUUGGGGGUUGUCGCUUGCCAUCCUAGAAAGGAAAAAGAAGAUGAAGAUAUAGCGACGUUUAGAGUUCAAGACUGUGAAAAAGACGACGAGUUUCUUGUAAAGUGGAGCAAAACUAAGUCAGAACUUUGCUGUUUCUGCCAUAUGUUUGAAUACAAAGGGUUUCUCUGUCGGCAUGCUUUGAUGAUUUUGCAGAUAUGUGGUUUCGCUAGCAUCCCGCCUCGAUAUAUUUUGAAAAGGUGGACAAAAGAUGCCAAGAGUGGAGUAUUGGUUGGUGAAGGAACUGACCAGAUACAGACCAGAGUUCAGCGUUAUAACGAUUUGUGCAGCCGAGCCAUUGAAUUGAGUGAAGAAGGUUGUGUGUCAGAAGAAAACUACAACAUUGUAUUCCGCACACUAGUUGAGACCUUGAAAACUUGUGUCGAUAUAAACAAUUCUAGGAACAACAUCACUGAGUCUAAUAGCCAGCUUAAUAAUGGUGCUCACGAAGAAGAAAAUCAGGUAAUGGCCACUGUAAAAGCAACAAAAAAGAAGACUGUUGUUAGGAAAAGAAAGGGACAACCAGAGUCUAGCCAAAUGCUUGAAUCUCAACAGAGCUUGCAACCAAUGGAAAAUAUAAGUUCAGAGGGAAUGAGCAUCAGUGGUUACUAUAGUCCUCAACAGAAUGUUCAAGGAUUGUUAAAUUUAAUGGAGCCGCCUCAUGAAGGCUACUAUGUAAAUCAACGAACUAUCCAAGGCCUGGGACAACUAAAUUCCAUAGCACCAGUGCAGGAUAGCUUCUUUGUGAAUCAACAAGCCAUGCCUGGGAUGGGCCAAAUCGAUUUCAGGCCUCCACCAAAUUUCACUUACAAUUUACAGGAUGAGCAUUUGAGAUCUUCCCAAAUGCCUGGUAGUUCUCAUUCAUCAAGGCAGCUAUAG